UAAAAAUAAAAAAACAAAAUGGCCGUUUGUUGAGUUAUCAUUCUGAAAUCUUUAUUUGCGUUGUAUAGAAAAUGCAAAUACCAAUCUGUUUCUUUUUCUUUAAUGAUUGAAAAAUAAGGAAGAUAAUUAAGAUGAGCAGUCGCUACAAAGAACACAAAGGGUCUUCGCGAUCAACGCGUGAUGAUUAUAGAAAGUACAAGGAGAAAGAUGAGAAGCGGUCGAAGUCCAGAUCGAGGUCUCCUAGGCGAAAUCGUUCGCCGCCAUCUGCCUACAAAAAUUUAUCUGAAAGACCUAGCAAAAGUCGCGACAAAGGAAUAGAAUAUGAAGACAAGAGACGAUAUUCUGGCGAUACAUGGGAGGACUCUGAUGAAGAAGUACCAGCACCACCUCCUCCACCUCGUAUCAGCAAAAUUUCCAUUGGUUUUUCUAAAUCUAAAGCACCAAUAAAGAUGACUCUCGGUGCAUCAUCAAAGCCCAUGGAUAAACCAAAGGCAACAGUAGCGUCUGUGUUCAAUGCUGAUGAUGAUGAUGAUGAACCUGAGGAAAUGCCAGCUGAAGCAAAGAUGAGGAUGAGAAAUAUUGGCAGAGAGACACCAACUUCAGCAGGCCCCAACUCGUUUGGAAAAACCAAACAAGGCUUCUGCGAUGCCAAGAAAGUAUUUGAGAAGAAUCUAAAACAGGCAUUAGAAACUGCAGAUAAACCACAAAUCAAGUUCCCUCAGACAAUCUAUAAGAUUAAAGGGCCAUGAUAAUUAAUUUAUAGUCUGUAUGUAGAAUUUAUAUAAUUUGUUCAUCUUAUUAAUUAGAAUGUAAUCAUUUUAAUAAUAUAUAUUUCUGACUAAAAAAACACCCUUAUUUCAACUACAUUACUAAGAAACUUAGCGCAAGUCAUAGUUUUCAAUAAAUUAGCAAAAUCAUUCAAGAAUUGAUUGUUUAUUAAUUAAUUUUAAGGGAUAUCAUUCUGGAAAAUUCUAUCUGCAAUCAUGUUGUAACAUUCCUUUUUUUAUUAUGCUUGUUAUAGAUAUUCGUCAAUAAUUUAUCAUAAUAUCCUCAAAGCAAUUGAUCUUGUUUGGAAAGAACCUAACAUUUUAUUUUUAGGAAAUAAUCAAUUCUCUUGCAAUGCAAUAAUCUAUUAAGAAUUUACAAACAUAUAUUUAAAUUAGUAUUAAAUAUAGUUUUUCUGGAUAAUAGAUUGUGUAUUUAUAUUUUGAAUUGAAGCUAGAAUUGAGCCAUGUAUUGGAUUCAACUCUGUUAAUAAAUUUUUGUUUUUAAAAUAUUGUUAGCCAUAACUAUUGUGCACCUACUAAACAUAUUGAGUCUGUUUCAAUUUAAUUUGUAGAAAUAGUAAAGCAAUUAGAUAAAUUCUAACUUGUUUGGUUUCUUUUUUAUGAAAUAUAAUACAAAUACAUAUUUUUAAGUAUUUUAACUAAUUAAUUUGAAACGGGCAUUAAACAGUAAAAUUUAGAAAGCAAUGGAUAGUUUUAUUACAUAAGCA